AUGCGCAUCAAACAGCUUCAAGAUGAGCUGUGCCGUCUGAACAGUGAACAGGAGCGCCUUCAAAUCGAGUUAACAAGAGUAAAUCGAGAAAAGAAAUUGAUCGAGAAACAAAUCAAAGAGGAAAAGAAGUCGCAUGAAGAAAAAACCGAAUUGGAGGAGAAAAUCUAUCAAUCAAUGAGUAAAAUUGUCGGUUCAAUUAAGCGAACAACAUCAAGAAACGAUCAAGACCGACUUAUUCUUUCUGUUGAAAGAAUGGACUUUUCCGAAGACUCUCUGGCUGGCUGGACUCAAGUCAUGUUCAUCACUCGUAAGAAACUCAUUUUAUUGAAAAACGAAGAAAAUGAGUUCACUGAUUCAGUGACUGAACGCAUGACUUCCUUCCAGCUCAAAAUUCUCGCCAAAAACUCGUCCUUAGAUCAAAAAUGGAUACGUCGAUCCGAUUUGAGUACAGAAACUGGAAAAUGGGAAUAUCUAGGACCAGCUGAUCGUUUGAUCUCCUGUGGAGGUGAGGCAAUCGUGUUGAAAACAGAGUCCGUCCAAUACUCUUCUAAAAAAUCGAUGGCAGUACGGGUGCAAGCCUUCGACCCGAAUUUGUUUGUUGAUGACUUUAGUCUUGACUCAUUUUUGGUUGAAAUAAAUGUUUUCUCAGAUUUUGCAAAUGCUGUGGCACCAACAAAAACAGAGGCUUUUAGAAAUGGAAGAAAGCCUCCUAAAGAUUCUCGGCCCUGCCACAAAAAUGUGUUGAAGCACUAUUAUAACAUUCGAUUUUUCGAUAAAAUCGAUGACGGAAAACAAGACUGUCUUGAGCACACAAUCAUCUUUACGCCGGAUCUCCCGCAUUCUCUUGUGGUCAGCAGUUGCUCGAACGUGGCGAAAUUAAAAAAAUCCUGCAGGAAUCAGGUGCUUCGUGGAUAA